UAAAAAUCGUUUUCCCAAACAGCACCGAGAGGAGCCAUCAGAGAAGUAUGAAGAGGGGCAGUGCGGCUGUAGCUGCUGCUGCUGCUGCUGCCGCGGGGCUGGUGGGGUGCGGAGAGAGGCUGCCGCAGGACCUGCGCGGGAAGGGGGCCAGUCCCGAGUCGCUGCGGGAGCCCAGCCGGGAAGCCCGGAGCCCCUGAAAGCCGCCAGCAGCCCAGCUCCGGACGCAGGGGGUAUUACAAGUGGAUAAAUAAUGUGCACUGCUCUGAGCCCAAAGGUACGCAGUGGACCUGGCCUCUCUGAUAUGCAUCAGUAUAGCCAAUGGCUGGCCAGCAGACAUGAAGCUAAUUUGCUCCCGAUGAAAGAAGAUCUGGCCCUGUGGUUAACCAACCUCUUAGGGAAGGAAAUUACAGCAGAAACUUUUAUGGAGAAAUUGGAUAAUGGUGCCUUGCUCUGUCAACUUGCAGAAAGUGUGCAAGAAAAAUUCAAAGAGUGCAUGGAUGCUAACAAGCCCACAAAGAAUCUGCCCUUGAAGAAAAUCCCAUGCAAAGCCAGUGCACCCUCAGGCUCCUUUUUUGCCCGAGACAAUACAGCAAAUUUCUUAUCCUGGUGCCGAGAUUUAGGGGUAGAUGAAACAUGUCUAUUUGAAUCGGAAGGUUUGGUUCUCCACAAGCAACCUAGAGAAGUGUGUCUCUGUUUGCUAGAGCUUGGCAGAAUUGCAGCCAGGUAUGGUGUGGAGCCUCCUGGUUUGAUAAAGUUGGAAAAAGAGAUUGAACAAGAAGAAACACUUUCUGCCCCUUCGCCUUCACCUUCACCUUCAUCAAAAUCAUCUGGAAAAAAGAGUACAGGAAAUUUACUGGAUGAUGCUGUGAAACGUAUUUCUGAAGAUCCUCCUUGCAAAUGCCCAAGCAAGUUCUGUGUGGAAAGGCUUUCUCAAGGACGAUACCGAGUGGGAGAAAAAAUCCUCUUCAUUAGGAUGCUGCAUAACAAGCAUGUGAUGGUCCGCGUGGGCGGAGGAUGGGAAACCUUUGCAGGGUAUUUGUUGAAACAUGAUCCCUGCCGAAUGCUGCAGAUCUCCCGGGUGGAUGGCAAAACAUCCCCCAUUCAGAGCAAAUCUCCAACCCUUAAGGACAUGAAUCCAGACAGUUACCUGGUUGUCUCUGCCAAUUAUAAGGCUAAGAAGGAGAUUAAAUGAAACUAGUUGGUUACUGCAAGGGGACUAUCAUAAUGGCCUGUAUCCACUUAUCCAGUGUAGUCACUUUAGUUCACAUACUU